AAACGUGAUAAACUUGGGAAACAUCAUCUUUUGCCUUUACUUUUCAGGUUUCAACUCAAAGGGGUAGCAGAAAUGACAAAUAAUCAUCAAAUUGAUGACGGCAACGGUGGAGGCGAUUCAACGGAUUGGCUAAACUUGAGUCUUGGCAGGCACGAGGAUAUUGUUGCUUCAAAGAGUGGUUUCCAAUCAAAAUAUGCUCCCAAUAAGGUCUUCUCCUGUAACUUCUGCAGAAGGAAGUUUUGUAGUUCACAAGCGCUUGGUGGCCACCAGAACGCCCACAAACGGGAGAGGGGAGUAGUUAGACGAUUUCAGGCGGAAAGGCUGAUAGCAAUGAUGGGUUUCCCUGUAAAUAAGCCGAUGGCUCAGUCACUUGGUGUUCAGACACACUCACUUGUGCGCCAACUGAACACAGACUGGAGACCUGUGCUUGCAAGAUUCAAUGAUUCCAACAAAGAGAUUGUUGGGUCAUGUACGGGAUCCAUUGACAGAGAAAUAAGUUUGAAGUGGCCAGGGAGUUAUCAUGUGGAUUCACAACCCUCCAAACCUCCACAAGAGCAGCUAAAACUCAACUUGGACCUCCGGUUAUAAUCUCCUUUCAUAAAUGAAAAGCUCUGUAAAGCCCGUUUCAUGAGGUUUCUAGUGUACAUUAGCAAGCAAAACUUCCAAGUUCAAAUCACUUCCAAUUUGCA